CCAUAUCCCCCAAUCCAGCGAGGAUGUGACACCCCCCCCCCUCCCAUCCAGCAAUGCCCAGAGCAAGGAUGCUCCCCUUGGUGAUGGUGGUGGCCCAGGAUGGAGCCAGCACCAUGGGCCUGGAAUGGCUCUAGGGAGGUGCGGGGGCUCCAGCCCUUCCCAGGCCCCAUGUCCCCCAACGGCACAGCCGACACCAAAGCCAGGGACGUGGCUUCGAGGUCGGUGGGGCUGUUCUUCAUGCUGCUCAUGGACCUGGCGGCCAUCGUGGGCAACGCCGCCAUCAUGACCGUCAUCGUGAAGACCCCGGCGCUGAGGAAGUUCGUCUUCGUCUUCCACCUCUGCCUGGUGGACUUCUUGGCCGCCCUCACCUUGAUGCCGUUGGAGAUGCUCUCGGGCUCAGCCGUGUUCGACAGCCCCGUGUUGGGCGAAGCCAUGUGCCGCGUCUACCUGUUCCUCAGCGUCUGCUUCAUCACCAUGUGCAUCCUCUCCAUCUCCACCAUCAACGUGGAGCGCUACUACUACGUGGUGCACCCCAUGCGCUACGAGGUGAGGAUGACCGUGGGCUUGGUGGCUUGCGUCCUGGUCGGCGUCUGGCUCAAAGCCGUUGCCACCUCCUUGGUCCCCGUCUUGGGUUGGUCGUCGCCGGAGCGGCCGCCGCUCCGCAGCCCCCGCGGCUGCUCCUUGCAAUGGAGCCGCGGUCCCUACUGCAAGUUCUUCGUGGUGUUCUUCGCCGCUUUCUACUUCCUCCUGCCCCUCCUCAUCAUCGUCGUGGUCCACUGCAGCAUGUUCAAGGUGGCGCGCGUGGCCGCCAUGCACCACGGCCCGCUGCCCACCUGGAUGGAGACGCCGCGGCGCCGCUCCGAGUCGCUCAGCAGCCGCUCCACCAUGGUCACCACGUCGGGAGCCCCUCGGACCACGCCGCAGAGGACGUUCGGAGCCGGGGGCAAGGCGGCCGCCAUCCUGCUGGCCGUGGGGGGCCAGUUCCUCUUCUCUUGGUUGCCCUAUUUCGCCUUCCACCUCUACACGGCGCUGAGCGCGCAGCCCUCGGCGGGGCCGGCGGCCGAGGCCGUGGUCACUUGGUUGGGUUAUUCCUGCUUUACCUCCAACCCCUUCUUCUACGGGUGCUUGAACCGGCAGAUCCGGGCCGAGCUGGGCCGGCUCCUGACGUGCUUCUUCAAGCAGCCCCCCGAGGAGGACCUGCGGCUGCCGAGCCGCGAGGGCUCCAUCGAGGAGAACUUCCUGCAGUUCCUGCAGGGCACCGGCUGCGAGCCGCGGCCGCGCACCCCCAGCCCCAAACCGGACCCGGCUCACAUCGAUUUCCGCAUCCCCGGGCAGAUCGAGGAGGAGGCGGGCGAGGGGACGGAGCGGCGCGGAGGGGACGGGCUCCGUGCGCCCAAAGCGGAGCUGUAGCGCUGGGGAUGGGGCUUGCGGG